CCGAAUCUCCUAUGCUUUAUUCAUUUUUUUUCCUUCGUUUUUAAUGGAAAAUUACCACAUACUUUUCCCGGAAGGAUCUUCAGCCUCCCCUUCCUCGUUAACCAUGGCGAAUCAUCGAAGUUAUUUGCAAGCCAACGAUGUAAUUACUAAAACGAGUAGUGAAAAAUGUGAGAAUUUGGAUGCCAAGGACGUGUCUGAGAGUCAUGAGGUGAAGGUUGGGAAGAAAGGAAACAAUAAGGGGAUAGUCAGGAAGCACAAAUAUGCAUUUCAAACAAGAAGCCAGGUUGAUAUACUUGAUGACGGAUAUCGUUGGAGGAAAUAUGGGCAAAAAACAGUUAAGAAUAGCAAAUUCCCAAGAAGUUAUUACAAAUGUACGCAUAAAGAGUGCAAUGUUAAGAAACAAGUCCAACGCAGUUCCAAAGAUGAUGAAAUUGUGGUGACUACCUAUGAAGGGAUACACACGCAUCCGGUGGAGAAGUUCACUGAAACCUUUGAACACAUCCUCAGACAGAUACAAACGUACAAUCCUUUGUGAAAAUGUGUUGUUUGUUAACCCACAGUCCAACAUCAAGACAUGUUUAUAACAUUCUCGUGCUGUCGGUCAUGUUCCUCAUCAAAGACAAAUAAUGAAGACAUGCUUUAAUAUAUACAUAUAUAUAUUUGUUUUUAUCCUUUUAUUUUUGGGCAAGAUCU